AUUAAAAUGCUUUUGUAUAUUGUUUUAUUGUGCAUAGGUUAGCAGUAUUCACAUGAAAACAUCAGGACUUGAUCUUUUGUAAAUGUGUGAAGUCUCAGAGGUCCCCAGCUUUGUAACCACAGCUGUGGAAUAUAGAGUCAGCAUAAUAUAGAGGUUAUCCAGUUCAUCAAAUGCCAGAAAAUGCAGCUUAAAAUAGAAAUUGCUCUAAUCUCUCUCAAUGAACAUGGUCAUCAUCUUUAUUUGGAAUCACAUAACAUCAUUACUGUGACUCCCUAUAAACCGGUCCUACAGUCCCCAUAAUAAUAAUUUUAAAAUCCUCAAAUCUAAUUUUAUAAAAAUGAAGUAGCUUCCUUUUAUAAGUAUGAUCUUGUUAGUGUGCAGUUCUUGUUGUUGGUGUCCCAGGGGGCUGAGUGUCACUGAGGGGGGCGGUGCACAUCUCCUUCAGACCCCUCCCGCCCCCCUCACACACUGAGACCAGCAGCCAGACAGUCAGACAGGCAGGCUGCCUCCUCACUACAACCAACGACACCGCUACAACCACAGCAUCACAGCAGCGGCUCAUGCCUGCACCUGCUCCGGGGUAAACCAAGCUUCAUUUUCCCGUCCCUCCAUCCCCCCGUCCUUCUAUCCCUCCGCCCGCUUUGUGAGGCAGCAGCCGGGAAGCUGGAAGCCUGACGCGUCCAGGUGAAAAUGCUGGAAAACGGCAGGAAGGUUUUCAAAGAGGGUCUGCUGGAGAAGCGGAGCGACGGGCUGCUGCAGCUCUGGAAGAAGAAGCACUGCGUCCUGACCGAGGACGGCGUGCUGCUGCUGCCGCCCAAACAGCACGAUCCGCCGCAGCACCACCACCACCACGGGGACGCGGGGAAAGUCAAGGAGCUGCACUUCGCCAACAUGAAGACGGUGGACUGCGUGGAGCGGAAGGGAAAGUACGUGUACUUCACGGUGGUCAUGACGGAGGGGAAGGAGAUCGACUUCAGGUGCCCGCAGGACGAGGGCUGGAACGCGGAGAUCACCUUGCAGAUGGUCCAGUACAAGAACCGGCAGGCAAUCCUGGCCGUCAAGUCCACCCGGCAGAAGCAGCAGUUACUCGUGGUGCAGAUGCCCGGACAGAAGACGAUCCGCAGCGCGCCAAACGUUGCGUGACCUGCGGCGAGUCCCGUGGACGUUGGUGCGCCAUUAGCGGUAAGACGGCUACAGAGAGCGCGUGAUCGAGGAGGGGGUCCCCAGGUCCGGGGACCACCUGGGGAUCCCCUCGCAUAAUAAAGGACCCCAUUUCUUCUGGUUCUAUUUUACUCCCUGGAUAGCUGUGCCAUGAGAGAGGACGUCUGCUUCCACCACAGCGUUCAGUCCCUACAGAUCAAACACUGAUAUUCUUCCAGGAGGGGACACAAUGUGGAUUUACCUUACGAAAAGAAAAGUUUGGGACCUUUCUGUAUGUUCCUACUCAUGGAGGUGAAGUCCUCUUCAGGAAAACAUGCCGGUUACCCAUCCUGAGGCAGCCUCAGCCUCAUCACAGGCAGUGUAUGCAGAGCCACACUCCAGCUGAACACCAGAGCAGGUAAUCACUCAAACUCGAGUAAAUUGGUGGAAUGAGCUGCUUUGUGUACAGAUUUCUGUGCACGUGGUUCUCUGUGACACGUGUUGAUUUGUUGUCACCCUGAUGUUUAACCCAGUAACUCAACAAAGGACUAAUAAUUCAUUACAUUACAAUGAGGUGGUUGUGAGCAUAAGUCCCCAAACAUAGUGGAAACACUGGAUGAUUACCACUCUGACUAAAUAUGACUGUUCCUUUAAAAAGCACAACAUUUCCAUAAACAGGUAGUUUGAGGUAGAUGUAUCAGUUUAAAGCUACUUUAACAGAAACAGGCCGUGGGAAGUGUCCUUAGUAAGAGGAGUUUUCUGAAGUCUAGGUGAGCAGCAGGGCCGUAGCUACACUCGAGGUCAGAGGUCAUGUCUUCUAAGGAUUUAGAGGAUUUGAGCAACUCUGAAAUCUGUUUUAUCUUCAGCUCACACUUGUUUAAUUUCCAGCUUUUAUAAAAACAAACUCUUAUUAUCACCUGCUCUCAGUUUGCGGACUGUGCUCAGAUUCAUUCUGGACAUUUGGACUUAAAACUCAAUAUGAAGAAGAUCCUGUGAUAUAUUUUAUUCUAAGCACAGAGCUUCUUAUCCCUUAUUCUUCAUUCGGGACUUAAAGCUCCUCUGUGGGUUCGAACUUUGAGGAGGUCCCAAUAAUGCCUUCAUGCUUCAGGUGACUUCAGAUCACCUGUGCCCCCCGUGUCAGGCCCAUCAGUCUGCGGUCCAUCUAAUUGAAUGCAUCUGCAGGUUAAUGGACACUCAGCAAGAGGACGAACAUCAAGUUGGGCUGCACAUCCCCUCCUCCUCUCUCCAGGAGACCUCCCUCUUCCAUGUAGUGGUUUCCACUGACCAGCGCCCCCUUCUCUCUUUCCAAUACAGAGACUUAUCUCACAAAGACUGACGGACUGAAAGCAUGUGAAGAGACGCCUGUAUUCCACCGUGCGAUGGGUUUAUCCCUUAUUUAUUAUAUGUGUAUAUAUAUUUUCUAUAUAAAACGUUAAACUGUUGGUGAAUGUUCAGUGUGGUUGUUGCUAGAGUGGAACAAGAAAUACUCAUGUGGAGGUUCUAGAUUAUACGUUAGACACAGAGUCCCCUGAGGAGGAGCUUGCAUACAGUAUAGCUGGGAGGCUUCAUGUCAGAUCAUUUAAUUGCAGGUGUAAAGUGUGUCAGUGUUCACAUUUCCAUUUCCAGACUGAACCAAAGAAUCAUUUCCUGACCUUCUGUCUGUUGCAACGUGACAGCUCAGAAGAUUAAGAACUCAAACUGUAUACAUAUACAGUGUGAGGAGUUCUCUGCAUGACCUCUACCUGCUCUGUUUGAUCUUUGAUUUGAAUCAUAGCUAUAAUUUUACAUCAUUUUAUUUGGUUUUGAUUGUUACAAGCCAUCUUCUUUAUUAUAGAGUCUUAAAUCUGAGUGAGAGGCCUUCAUAUUACCCAUACUGUUUGAUUUCUGCUGUCAUAGGCUGUCUGUGCAAGCAACCUCUUAGGAACAUUGACCGUAUAUAAAGAUGGACGACAUUACUCCCCCUCCUACCAUUGUUAAAAAGUGAAGACAAAAUACCCCCACAACUGGUGCUAGUAUCUUGCAAAUCGGAGCCUUUGUGUUCAAGCUCAAACUCUUCCACUAAAAUAUUUAAGUUACCAAUGAAGCAACAAACAACCCUAAUGUCGGGACGGUUUACAGCAGAACAGGUUCUUAUGUUGACUUGAACCAGACUCUCACAGUAAUAGCAACAAAAGUGUGAUGACUCUUAUGUCAUUGUUUCUCCUUUACUCUUCAAAACUGGUGAACAAAUGGUUGCAGGAGCGUAAUUUGCCAACAGAGCUGUCAAUCAUAAUGUUAUACCUCCCUUUUAAAAGCAUUAAAUAACUAAUUUAAGCUAAACUUUGAGGGAAAAUGAAUAUUUGAACAAGAAUCCGCAUGAUGAGAAGUAACUACAAUGACAGACUCCACAUUUGAGAACUAUUUUGUCGGCCUGUAUUUUGAUUUUAAAGUUUGAUCCAUGUCCCAUUGGUUUCAAUGGAGGAGGCAGGCUUUAAGACCUACGCUGCAGUCAGUCAGGCGAGGGAGCUCUGAAUGUUUCUGCUUCACUUUAGGGUAGCUCUCAUGACGUCCAUCUUUCAUGCAGUCUAUCAUGAUGACAUCAGUAUAAACAUACUGAUGUUUAAUGUUAGACGAGGACCUCUAGUGGCCACAUUUAUAAUGAUAUGAGCAAAACAGUACUCAGCCUAUUUAACCUGCGUUGACCUACUUAUUUCAAACAUAAUUAAUUAGUUUUAUCAACCAACUUCAUCACAAUGUUAACGUGCAGUUACAUGUUUUACACCGUCACUAGUACUCCCUGAUGGUCAUACUGUUUUGGGAGUGAUUGGUAGUUGACCUGAUCUAACAUUUAGCUAUGAGGACAUGCUCCAAUUUCAGGAGUUCAGCUAUAAAGAUGAUAUAAUUUCUUGACUGUUGACAACCCAGUUUACUUAACCUUUAAAAACCUUUACAGUUUAAAGUUUGUUGACAUUCAGAGACUGUUUUUGGAGAAGAGGAAAGCUGACAUGUUGGCAAACUGGUCGGAGUAUUUUCCUGACAGUCUAACCUGUCAGCUACAACACUCUGCUAUCUAGUGCCAUACAUAGUCCCAAUGUAUUCAAGCUUAAAGAGACAUAUUUGGUGACAGUGUGGAGUUAAUUUCUGCAUUACUUCAUGUGGAGCACGAGUCCUCCUUUUUGAUUAUCUUCAUUCCUGUUGUUGACCUACACAUUAACGGCACAGUAAUACUUCACCUAAAAAGCUCAAAUUUUUGAAUUCCAGAACCAGCUUCAGAGUUGAGGUGCUAAAGGAGAUAUAUUGAUCUUUUUUUAAGGUGUUUGUAUUCUUUAAGUCUCCCUGGCUGUGUCUGAAUGCUUCACACUUGAACAGACCAUUAGGACAAUAUCUCUUCUCAGUAAUGAGGCUGUUCUUGGCAGUUUUGUAAAAUUGUGAAAAGGUUACUGAGCUACCUCGGCUGAUGUUGUGAUCUUUAAAUUUUGAAUUGCAGCAGUUUUCUUGUUGAAGGUUGGAAAGUUAAAACUCUUCAUACAUUCUGUUAGUUUUGCCAUUCUUACAAAGGUUGCAUCGUGAAAAUUCAGGCCUUCCAAUUUGCUAAAUUAAGCUAAUUUAGACUUCUCUCCACUUUUUGAUAUUAACUCCAGUUGAUUUUGUCCUCAGUAGCAGCCCAGCCUUUCAGGAACUGUCACAAAUAUCGCAGUUUUCUCACUCAUGGGCAGAAAAAAACGGAUUGUACAAAGGACAGACUAAAGUGUGUGAUUACUGUGAAGCAUCUAAAGGUUCAGGAGUGGCCUCGGCAUUGUUGUGUUCAUUAUGGAGGACGUCUUGCUGUCUGAAGACGUUUUCUCUCUCUCUGGUUCAUGCUAUUUCUCGUUGUCUGGAAGUGUUUCCCACCGCUUUCUCCUCUUGCCAGUGUAUCACAGCCAUCCAACACAUGCCUCAGUGUUGUUGUCAUCUCCCACACAGGGUAAUAGCUGUGCCCUUUAUCUAAUGCGACUGGUGUGAUGCUUCUCUGACAUGCCUGCCUGUUGCCAUCAUUACACACACAGUUAUAGCUCUGCCCUCGUCCAAUUUCUUAUUUCAAUGUGAGAUCUAUUUUCAUACCUCAAAAAGAAACAUUCCAUUAAAAAGAAACAAAAACAGCA